UCGUACAACCUCAUAUCCCGAACGGAGUCAAGCAAUAACAAGCUUCUAGUACACGUGAAAUUAACGGAUUCUUGUUUACGAGCGCUUGAAGAGUAUCAACUUGUUGAGGUAUCGUCAAGACGGAAGCCAAGUAUUAAAUUUUCAGGAUUACAAGGGUCAAUAUCAAUACCACUAAGAAAAGCUGAUUCAGGAGAUGACAACACAGCACAGUUUCAGCUGGAUUGCUCCGCAAUUCAGUCUGGUGGACGGCAAGGUGUUAUGGACUGUAUUCAGCAGCCUGGAGGCAGCAGCGACAUCAGAACUGUUGGAACAAUCACUCAUAAAAUCAAUGUCAAAGCUACCGACGACAGUUAUCAGAUGACUCAACAAAGGAUGAAAGAGGCAGAGGAAGAAAGAAAGGGAGUUAGGUAUGGUAGAAGUAAAGUAAGGUAAUCUUACAGUGCAACCACUUGAACCAGGCCACACGGAAGAAAACUAACCAAUCAAAAUGGAAACUGAGAACAAAGGACUGGUAGCUUCUUGUGACGGCAAGUAAUGGUCUGUUUGAUGUGAAAACAUUAUUUAACACUAUUGACUCCUCUGUGUUAUAUUUAAUCUCUUAGAGAUUCAAUCCUUGGCAGCAAAUUAUCAUUAUAAUUGUAAAUCUCACUCGAUAAAUUUAGCUUGAAAACUCAUUUUGCGACAACUAAACCAAAACUGCUGAAAAGCGUACAAAGAUUAGGAUCAAAACAAUUUCAAUUUUGUUAAGAUCUAUUGUUAAUUUCGUAUUCUUCAAUGUUAUUGGUUUAUUUGAGAAAAAGAUUGCUAUCCUAAGUUGUUUUCAAGUACUGUUCUCUUUUCCAAGUGGCCCAGUUAGAGUAGACGCAGAUUCCCCGCCGUACCAGUCUUUGAACGUCUCUGACUCAAACAAGGGCACCAUUUCUGGUUACAGACUUUCUCCCAGUUUUCAUGUGAAAUACAUGUAGCCCAGAAUGAUAAGCCACACAUCCAUAUUAGCCCUAAAAUUGGUUGCUACAUGUAUGUGCCAUAGCAACUAGGAAAGGGCUUAUUAAAUUUCACUAAACUAAGAAACUAGGAUUGCAAGGUUCAACACUUUUCCAGCUCUGUGUCUGGGGGUCAUGAGAAAAGAUCAAUAAAGAAAGAUUUUGUGUGUAAAAGUUAAUACCUUUUUGCUCAUGAAUGAAACUGGAACUAAAAGUAACAAUUAAAACAAGGAGGGAGAUCUUGCCUUAUAUAUACAGCACUGUUCAGACAUACAUGUAAGGGAAGCUAAAAUUUGCAUUUAUUUAAUAGUGUGUUAAAAAUGUGUGUGUAUUACCCUAUGCAGGUUUUGCUGUGUUAGACCGCAUUUUGAAUCGCCUUAGAGCACAUUUAAGUAAAUGCAUUUAGUAUGUACGAGCUUGAUUAUUUUUGAAUGCUUUUGUUACUUUGUGAAAGGAAGUUAAUGGCAUUUUCUUAAGAUAUCCUUACAAGUAGGUAUAAAAGUCUGGUAUUUAAAGGUUUCUAAUUCCUAAGGUUUCUAAUUUCUAAUUCUUUCUUGCUGGCUGAAUGUUGCAGUCGUUUAAUCAUUACAUACAUAAUUUAUACAUUUUGUUUUGGUUCAUUCAACCCUGACUAAAAUGAUUUGUGUUUCAAGAAAUUAGCUUAUAAAUAAAGAUAGAGGACUUUCAACAGGCACAGAAUUUUAGCAACACUACAUGUACAUGUACACUGUGGAAAAGACUACACACAACACUGUGAAAUUUCUAAUUUUUUGUACUGAAUCAUCAUUCAGCCUAGAAGAUAAUUUAAAGUAUCGUUAAAAGUAUUAGUAUUGCUACCUACCAUUUUGUUUUAUUUCAUCCAUUUAA